CUCUGCCAGCCCUCCUUGACCCUAAUUCAGGGGCGCCGCAUCUCCUGAGGGUGGCCACUGUCCCCUGCCUCCCCACACGCCCUCGUCUGUCUCCCGAGGACCCUGGCGGGCUUCAAACACUGGGUCUGCCUGCGUCUCCCACCCCCGCUGGUGCAGCCAGCUGGUGUGCCAAGACUCAGAGGCCUUGGUACCUCUUUGUGUUUUGCAGGGGGAACCUGGGGUAUGCAAAAUGUGUCUAUUCCUGUUUGUUGUAUACACAUUUCCUUCCUUGGCCUUGCAUGGCCUGUUUAUUUUUAAAAGUGCAAACCUGCAACCCCAAACAAGCUGGGGCCCUGAGGCCGUCAACCCCUCCAGUCUCCCCUGUGACCCGCAGUCUGCGUCCUGUUCCCAGUUUCAUUCCUCAAGUGCAUAUAUAUAUAUAUAUAUAUAUUUUUUUUUUUUUGAGACGGAGUCUCGCUCUGUCGCCCAGGUUGGAGUGCAGUCGUGCGAUCUCGGCUCACUGCAAGCUCUGCCUCCUGGGUUCAUGCCAUCCUCCUGCCUCAGCCUCCCGAGUAGCUGGGACUACAGGCGCCUGCCACUGCGCCCAGCUAAUUUUUUUAUUUUUAGUAGAGACGGGGUUUCACCGUGGUCUCGAUCUCCUGACCUCAUGAUCCGCCCGCCUUGGCCCCCCAAAGUGCUGGGAUUACAGGUGUGAGCCACCGCGCCCAGCCUCAGUGCAUAUAUUUUUAAUAUCUUGUAGUUACCCUGCUGUAUACUGUCAUCUUAGGGACCUUUUAAACAAUACCAGUAUGAGCGGGACCUACCCUGCUGCUCAGUGACCCCAGGCAGUGUGUCCUAAGGUGGUGUGUCCUGAGGCGUGCGACACUCCUCUGUCCUGUCCCAGGCACUGUGGUGGGGGCAUCCGGUGUCCAGGUGCAGAGGCAAAAGCUGCUCCCGGGUUUCCCAGAAAUGGUUCCGAGGCCCGGGUCCCAGAGAGCCAGUGCAGGUUGGGGGGUGGACCUCUGGCUCUGUGGGGGGGGUCUGUUCUGCUCCAGUGGGCCGUGUCUGCCUUGUCAUCAUCCAGACAGCCACAGCUGGCUCCUGGGUCCCCUCGUCAAGCAGCAUUUCCCAGUAACAGUGACUUCGUGGAACACUUAGGAAGCCCUUAAAAACCAUCCUCGGACCUCUGAGGCAGGGACUCCAGGGGGCACAGCACCUGUGGUGGGGACAGGCAGGCAGGCUGGAUGCGGGGAGGGCCCGGGAGGAGGAGUGAGGAGCCACGCACGGAACUGCUCAGACUCUCCUAGCAAAGGUCCUGGCCCUUGUGCAUGCCUUUAGUUACAUGUCUGCCUUAGAGGCAAAGACGAGCUGUCACGGGGGACCCACCAGGUCAGGGGUCUGCGGACACGCUUGCAGGAGGAACCCAAGGAAAGGGGGCGGGGGUGGAGCCCCACAGAUUGCGUCGUGGGUGGGCGUGGAGCUUGCACAGCAGGCCUGCUGCUGCCUCCCAGGGCGCUUGUUCACAGCGCGGUCCCAGCAGGGAGAGGCUGAGCUGGUUGGACUAGACUACCCAAAGUCUCAGGUUGCAGCUCCCUGGUGAGGAGAGGACAAGGUGACUUCUGGGUGGGGUGGGGCAUGAAGAUGGAAGUCUGACCUCGGGUUCCAACUUGACUCAAACGAGCUGAGCUCCUGGAGUUUACAAAAGGGACACCAGCUUCAGACAUCAUUGGGGCUGGCAUGGUUUGCUCUCGUGGGCUGGAUGGGAGCCUCCCUAGCCCCUCCUGAUUUCAGGCUGCAGCCUAUGGGUCACUCCAGGCACAGGUGGGGUGAGUCUCUUCUCACUGGAGGAGUCGCUGAGCAAGAGGGCCGGUGGGAGGCAAGGAGGCAUCCAGGGACAAGGGGCCAGAUCUGCCCCCACUUCCCCACCCCACCCACUCUUAAUACUGCAGCCCCUGUGCUUCCAACUGCCCCCUCCAGCCUGGGGCCCAGCCCCUCACCGCCAGAGACUGCCCGCCUCCUCUUGGGCAAGCUCCUGGUGGGCUCCACUGAAGCCAAAGUGGGCCCUUGGGGGCAGGAGAGCCAGAGCAAGGCACGCUCCACCUAGAUUUAGACCGGGAGAGACCUGGAGGAUGCCACCCCCAGAGGUCCUGGGGCGAGCUCAGUGCUGGGGACCGGAGGUGCCGUCUGCUGCCAGAAUCAUGGUGUGCGUGGUCCCUGCCCAGCACGGGUCAGCCAGAGCGAGCCAGGGCAGAAAUGACGGCCAGGUCGAUGUUCCAGCCGGGGGCUGCUUGUCCCAGGAGGUGAGGCGGAACCAACCCUCCUGGCCAUGGGAGGGGCCGUGGUGGACGAGGGCCCCACAGGCGUCAAGGCCCCUGACGGCGGCUGGGGCUGGGCCGUGCUCUUCGGCUGUUUCGUCAUCACUGGCUUCUCCUACGCCUUCCCCAAGGCCGUCAGUGUCUUCUUCAAGGAGCUCAUACAGGAGUUUGGGAUCGGCUACAGCGACACAGCCUGGAUCUCCUCCAUCCUGCUGGCCAUGCUCUACGGGACAGGUCCGCUCUGCAGUGUGUGCGUGAACCGCUUUGGCUGCCGGCCCGUCAUGCUUGUGGGGGGUCUCUUUGCGUCGCUGGGCAUGGUGGCUGCGUCCUUUUGCCGGAGCAUCAUCCAGGUCUACCUCACCACUGGGGUCAUCACGGGGUUGGGUUUGGCACUCAACUUCCAGCCCUCGCUCAUCAUGCUGAACCGCUACUUCAGCAAGCGGCGCCCCAUGGCCAACGGGCUGGCGGCAGCAGGCAGCCCUGUCUUCCUGUGUGCCCUGAGCCCGCUGGGGCAGCUGCUGCAGGACCGCUACGGCUGGCGGGGCGGCUUCCUCAUCCUGGGCGGCCUGCUGCUCAACUGCUGCGUGUGUGCUGCACUCAUGAGGCCCCUGGUGGCCAUGGCCCAGCCAGGCUCGGGGCCGCCGCGAUCCUCCCGGCGCCUGCUAGACCUGAGCGUCUUCCGGGACCGCGGCUUCGUGCUUUACGCCGUGGCCGCCUCGGUCAUGGUGCUGGGGCUCUUCGUCCCGCCCGUGUUCGUGGUGAGCUACGCCAAGGACCUGGGCGUGCCCGACACCAAGGCCGCCUUCCUGCUCACCAUCCUGGGCUUCAUUGACAUCUUCGCGCGGCCGGCCGCGGGCUUCGUGGCGGGGCUUGGGAAGGUGCGGCCCUACUCCGUCUACCUCUUCAGCUUCUCCAUGUUCUUCAACGGCCUCGCGGACCUGGCGGGCUCUACGGCGGGCGACUACGGCGGCCUCGUGGUCUUCUGCAUCUUCUUCGGCAUCUCCUACGGCAUGGUGGGGGCCCUGCAGUUCGAGGUGCUCAUGGCCAUCGUGGGCACCCACAAGUUCUCCAGUGCCAUUGGCCUGGUGCUGCUGAUGGAGGCGGUGGCCGUGCUCAUCGGGCCCCCGUCGGGAGGCAAACUCCUGGAUGCGACCCACGUCUACAUGUACGUGUUCAUCCUGGCGGGGGCCGAGGUGCUCACCUCCUCGCUGAUUUUGCUGCUAGGCAACUUCUGCAUUACGAAGAAGCCCAAAGAGCCACAGCCCAAGGUGGCGGCCGCGGAGGAGAAGCUCCACAGGCCUCCUGCAGACUCGGGGGUGGACUUGCGGGAGGUGGAGCAUUUCCUGAAGGCUGAGCCUGAGAAAAACGGGGAGGUGGUUCACACCCCGGAAACAAGUGUCUGAGUGGCUGGGCGGGGCCGGCAGGCACAGGGAGGAGGUACAGAAGCCGGCAACGCUUGCUAUUUAUUUUACAAACUGGACUGGCUCAGGCAGGGCCACGGCUGGGCUCCAGCUGCCGGCCCAGCGGAUCGUCGCCCGAUCAGUGUUUUGAGGGGGAAGGUGGCGGGGUGGGAACCGUGUCAUUCCAGAGUGGAUCUGCGGUGAAGCCAAGCCGCAAGGUUACAAGGCAUCCUCACCAGGGGCCCCGCCUGCUGCUCCCAAGUGGCCUGCGGCCACUGCUAUGCUCAAGGACCUGGAAACCCAUGCUGCGAGACGUGACUUUAAUGGGAGGGUGGGUGGGCCGCAGACAGGCUGGCAGGGCAGGUGCUGCGUGGGGCCCUCUCCAGCCCGUCCUACCCUGGGCUCACAUGGGGCCUGUGCCCACCCCUCUUGAGUGUCUUGGGGACAGCUCUUUCCACCCCUGGAAGAUGGAAAUAAACCUGCGUGUGGGUGGAGUGUCAGGA